CUGCAUCGGGACAUUAUUGUCAAAGUCGAUGAAAUUUCAACAACUCUAAUAUCACAGGACUCAUUUAACAACCAGUGGUGCUCCCUCAGUGUAUUGAAAGCAAUGGAUCUUCCACAAGUACUCACAGAAUAUGCCAUAAGGGAAGAGGGAUGGGAGUUCAUUCCUAAUCCAGAACUAUAUGCUGAAGUCGCAACACCAAACCAAAUAGUAAAUACAGAUGCUUUACUUAAAGAAUUGCGUUGGAGUUAUCUGGAGGACAGUAUACUAGAUAUUGGAUGCAACAAUGGUGAUGUAACUAAGAUGUUGCUUUCUAAAAGUGAUCAAAUACAACACAUUACAGCAUGUGACAUCUUAGGUCCUUGUAUUGACUAUGCUAGGAAGGAGAAUGCUGACCCUGAUAUAACGUACGUAGAGUUGGAUGUAACAAAAGAAUGGCCAACAACCUGGGAGAACAAGUAUGAUAAGGUGUUCUCGAAUGAAUGCUUAGAUAUGAUACUGGACCAGGAAACUGUUAUGAAGCAGGUCUUCAAGAGCCUUAAACCAGGAGGUGAAUUUGGAGCAUCAUACUUUUUACAAGUGGAGGGUCAACAAACUGCAAUUCUUACUUUGAUGGAGAAAGACAAAUGGAGAAGAUAUUUUCAAGGUGCAACUAAGUCUGAGGUCAUAACAUGUGCGAAUCAAAAUAUCGAGAAAAUGAUUUGGUGUGACAAGAAACUUUUCUCAGAACGUCUUGAAGAAAAUCAGAUUCCCUCUGCUUUACAAGAUGAAUUUAUUAGGGAAAUGGUUCCCAUUGUUGAGGAAGUAGAGAAGAAAAAGUUUCAAUUGCUUUCCAAACAAAAUUGUAAAUCAAACGUUUUUGUGCAAGACGCACUUGAUAAGAAGUACCCGUAUUGCACUGAACUCAUGAUAGUGCACUGUGUCAAACCCAGCAAUUAGUCAUGCGACUCUGAAUGCCCGUGCUCAUAUAAUUUAGACCCAAAUCAUGAAAUUUGCAUGAAAGUUAAAUAAUCAUAUGACAACUGUAGUCAUACUGGCCCUUGCUCUUGAAUGAAUGUUUCGGUUUAGAAAUCUUGAUGAAGCUUAAACGAUUUUUUGGCGUUAAAAGUAAGUUUC